AUGAAUGGCCUCAACGGCAGGGUGCAGUACCGGGUGGCGGCGGCGGCGGGCGGCGCGCGCGGGAGGGACGCCGUCGCCGUCAGCCAGGACGGCAUCGUGACGCUGUCGCGGCGCCUGAACCGCGAGGGCGGCGACGGCGACGCCCUCGUGGCGCGGGUGAUCGCCGCCGACAGCGGGUCGCCGCCGCUCUCCGCCACCGCCACCCUCGCCAUCGCCGUCAAGGAUGUGAACGACUGCGCGCCCACCCUGCUCCCGCCCACGACCUUCCACGUCAUGGAGAACUCGCCGCCGACGCUGCUGGGGCGGCUUCGCGCCACGGACGCCGACGCGUGGGCGCUGGGCCACGGGCCGCCCUUCGCCUCGCGCUCGACGCCGCCACCGCGCCCCCAGCUGGACGGCGGCCGCGGCGGGGCGGAGGUGUGGACGUCGGGGCCGCUGGACCGCGAGGAGCACCGCGAGCUGGAGGUGAAGGUGAGGGUGGAGGACGCGGGCGGCUUGGCGGCCACCCACGCCCUCAGGGUCGUCGUGGGCGACCUCAACGACAACCCCAUGAGGCCGGGGUCCAAGACGGUCUACCUGUGGAAGGUCCAGGGCGGCGGCGGGGAGGCGCCCCUCGGCCGCGUCUACGUCGACGACCCCGACGACUGGGACGUGGCCGACAAGAGCUUCCACUGGAUCGGCGUCCCGCACGCCCUCUUCGCCCUCGACCAGGACACGGGCGCCAUCUCAGCCUCCGCGCAGGUGGCUGAAGGAAGAUACGUCCUGCAGUUCGCCGUGAGUGACCGCGCCUGGGGUCAGCUGGGGGUCGUCGCCAAUGUGACCGUUCACGUGCGCAUGCUUGGGCCAGCUGUUCUCGCCCACGCCACCCCGGUCACCCUCGCGCCCACGUCCCCGCCCGCGCUCACCAAAGGAUGGACGCCCACGCUGGAAGCAGCCACGCAGCUGAGAGUGCUAACAGACAGCUCACUCAGUCACCAACUGGACGGCACUGACCCUCAGGAGCCCUUACUUGACCUGGAUGUCUCCUCCGUGAACUCCCAGCCAUCACGAACUCUUCCUCUUCAGCUCGUGGACACCAACACCACGUCCUUGGUGACGCCUCGCCUCUCGAACGCCAAGGACUGCCGCGCCUACACCCAGACGCCCACGAGUGACUCCUGCACGCCCACCUCCUGCCUCAACGGUGGGCGCUGCCACAGGACCUCCGUCGGGAACAGGUGCGUGUGCCCGGGCGGCGCCGUCGGGCCCAGCUGCAAGGUUCUCUCCCGCACCUUCAGUGGGCGUGGAUGGGCGUGGCUUGGUCCCCUCGCGCCCUGCCUCCCCGCCACGCUGUCCCUCCGCGUCCUCACGCUUCAGUCGCGCGCGCUGCUGCUCUACUCCGGCCCGCUCACGCCCUCGUCAGCGCAGAGACCCGCGCCCAUGCUAGCCCUGCAGGUGGUGGGUGGGCGGCCGCAGUUCCUGUACGAGGGUCCGCUCGGGCGGAUCAAGGUCGAGGUGGAGUCGAGGGUGGACGACGGCGAGUGGCACGCCCUCCACCUCCGCCUCCACGCUGAGGGCGUGACGCUGAUGCUGGACCUCUGCGGGCGCGGGUGGGAGGACAGCGCCGCCCAGGACGACUCCCACUGCGCGGCGCGGGCGUCGUGGCCCGUCGAGGGGCAUCUCUCCGCCUGGGCGCCGUCGGACCCCCUGCAGGUGGGCGGCAUGGCUCACCCGCCGCCACGCCCACACGCCCACGGGUGGAACGAGACGCCCAUUGACGAGCCGCUGAAGGGCUGCGUGUCGCACAUUGCCGCCAACGGGGAGGAAGUACAGAACUGGCAGAAUUUGUUCAAGGUCCUGUUCGUCCCCAGGCUUUGA